GGAAGCAAAAGAGAGAGUAAAGUGAGCAAUUGCUAGCAUUUUCCUCGGAUCCCCUUUCGCCGAACGAUCGACUCGCAGCGAGAUCGUGUCAUAACGGUUUCGCCCUGUUUUAUUGUUAACUCGGUCUCAUCCUUAUUCAGAUAUGAUGCCUCCCUUGGAGGCUGAGUGAAGACCUUGGUGUACCAUUCAAGUUUCUCAUUCAAAUUAUACUUGUUGGAUUGGUUGGCUAUCCAUAGAAACAUUAGAGUUGCUACUUUGAUCAAGAAAGCCAUGCUACGGAACAGUCUCAAGGAAGCAGAAAGUCAUGAUAACAACAACCAGAAGGUUUAUCCACAACCAGUGGAGGAGACUUCAAACCAAAACAAUGAAUCUAUGGAUGCACUAAUAUCAAAGAUCUUCAACAACAUUUCCUCUUUGAAAGCAGCAUACAUCCAACUCCAGGAUGCUCAUACUCCUUAUGAUCCAGACAAGAUCCAGGUUGCUGAUAAACUAGUUAUUGAGGAACUGAUGAAGCUAUCAGAACUCAAACAUUCAUAUAGGGAGAAAAACCCUAAGCUCAUGUCAGCAACACCCAAAGAUUCAUCUCUUCUUGCAGAAAUCCAAGAACAGCAAGGGCUGCUAAAAACCUAUGAAAUCAUGGUGAAGAAAUUUGAGUCCAAGAUUCAAGCAAGAGACUCUGAGAUUGUCCAAAUACAACAAGAAAUCCAAGAGUCAAACCAGAGGAAGUUGAAACUAGAGAAGAAACUUAAGAAGAGAGGUUUACUUUCCAAGGAAUCAGAGAGCUUUAUGGAGAAGAAUAAUUUCUUUUCCAUUGAGUUGACUACUAGUCUUUUCUCGUCUUCUGUGGAUGCUGCUUAUAAAUCAAUCCAUGAUUUCUCAAAACCACUUAUUAAUAUGAUGAAAGCCGCAGGGUGGGAUCUUGAUGCUGCAGCUAAUGCAAUCGAACCUGGACUGGUAUAUUCGAAAAGGGCUCAUAAGAAGUUUGCAUUUGAAUCUCACAUUUGUCAGAAAAUGUUCUGUGGGUUCCAGGAAGAGAACUUCUCCAUGGAACUAUCUGAUACUACAGUUUCUCCUGAAGGAUUUUUCCACCAGUUUCUCGCGGUGCGAGCGAUGGAUCCUCUGGAUAUACUCAGCCAAAGCCCAGAUUCAGUUUUUGGCAAAUUUUCACGGGAAAAGUACCUCCUGCUUGUGCACCCAAAGAUGGAAGCUUCUUUUUUUGGUAACCUGGACCAGAGGAAUCAUGUACUGAAUGGUGGGCACCCUAGGACACCUUUCUACCAGGCUUUUCUUAAGUUGGCCAAGGCAAUAUGGCUACUGCACAGGUUAGCUCAUUCAUUUGAUCCCAAAGUCAAGGUUUUCCAGGUGAACAAAGGCGCCGAGUUUUCAGAAGUCUACAUGGAAAGUGUGGUGAAGAACAUAGUUGUAUCCGAGGGGGGACCGAAGCCUCAAGUUGGGCUUAUGGUCAUGCCAGGUUUUAUGAUUGGUGGUAGUGUCAUACAAUCUCUUGUGUACCUUACUGGUGUGCAGUGUGCUGAAUGAAAAUCGAGCUUUGCACAUUGCUUGUUUUAAAGACGAUGAUCGUUCCCAACUCACUGUUUGGGGAAGCUUCAAUUGCUUGUAGUAAACUAGCUAAAGACAUCAUGUUGGCGAAUACUCCAGAAUUAGGUAAUCUUGUUCCUCUUUUGUGAUGGAUAUCUGAUCUUAGCUUGUCCGACACUCUCGUCAGUGUAGCUUAUCUGUGAUUGCACAUAUCAAUCAUUCAAAUCAAUAUAAUGUGUGCCUUUGUUCUGUUU